AUGCUUCUCAGUCGUACCCGAUCGAACGCGGCCGGCCAUGUCACCAUUGAAGAUGAAGCCAAGAAAGACUUGACAACAGGAAACGUCGGAAAAGAUGGGAGAUUCGAGCUUUGCUUCCACCAAGAUGCCGGGAGCCUGGCAACAUGGUGUAAGAACCUCCAGGAGACAUCGAAACGAGUACAGACCGGCCCUUGCUCUACUCCUAUAUGUGCUGGUAGACGCAAGUCAACAGGCGGUUUCUGCCCGCCGCUGAAUAUCGCAAUACACAUCGUCGGCUCUCGCGGCGAUGUUCAACCUUUUAUCCCAAUUGCACAAAUCCUCUCCAAACCACCAUAUGGACAUCGAGUGCGCAUCUGUACGCAUCCUGCUUUCAAAGAGUUCGUAGAGUCCCAAGGCGUCGAAUUCUUCAGCAUUGGCGGCGACCCCGAGGCGUUGAUGUCGUACAUGGUGAGGAAUCCAGGCCUGGUUCCCAGCCGGAAAAGUGUCAGAGCAGGUGACAUUGGAAAGAGAAGGGACGAGAUGUGGGAGAUUAUCAAUCGUGCUUGGCGAAGCUGUAUCGAGGCUGGCGAUGGAAUGGGAGAACCCGUCAAAGCGACAGACGUGGAAAACGUUGAAGAUCUCUUCCUUGCAGACGCCAUCAUCGCCAAUCCACCCUCCCUCGCGCACAUACAUUGCGCUGAAAAGCUAGGAAUACCGUUGCAUAUGGUCUUCACAAUGCCUUUUUCGCCCACUAGCGCUUUCCCUCACCCUCUGGCUUCCAUGAAUUACAGCGGCGCGGAUGCAAAAACGGCCAAUUAUCUUUCCUUUAUCAUGAUGGAGCUGUUGAUGUGGCAAGGUCUUGGGGAUUUGAUAAACAAAUUCCGCCGUCAGAAACUCGGACUCGAUCCUAUCAGCCUCAUGUGGGGAUUCCAACUUUUAUCCAGACUCCGUGUGCCUUAUACUUAUCUCUGGCCUGAGUCACUGAUACCGAAGCCGCCGGACUGGGGCUCACAUAUCGAAAUUGCUGGAUAUUCGUUCUUAAAACUGGCCAACUCAUACACCCCUCCACCUGAAUUGACAGCUUUCCUAGAAAAGGGGCCAAAGCCUAUAUAUAUCGGAUUUGGGUCCAUUGUGGUUGAAGAUCCGGAUGCUCUUUCUGAGAUGCUCUUCGAAGCUGUCGCUCUUGCAGGCGUUCGUGCCAUCAUCAGCAGAGGAUGGAGUCGCGUAGGAGACAAGUGUAAGGUGCCGGAAGAUAUAUACCUGAUCGACAACUGUCCGCACGACUGGCUCUUCCAACACGUCUCGGCAGUAGUCCAUCAUGGAGGUGCCGGUACCACUGCUGCAGGCAUCGCAGCCGGUCGGCCCACGGUCAUUGUCCCUUUCUUUGGCGAUCAGCCUUUCUGGGGGCAGAUGAUUGCGCGCUCCGGAGCUGGACCGGAUCCAGUGCCAUUCAAAGAGUUAACGGCAGAAAUCUUGGCCGAGAGCAUAUCCUUUGCUUUGAUGCCCGAAGUUCAAGAAGCCGCGCAACGGAUGGCGGAAGAUAUUGCUGAAGAGAAUGGUGCUGAGGACACAGCCAAAAGUUUUCAAGACCAUCUUGGUAUAGACGACUUCGAGUGUGAGAUAUGCCCAGGUCGGUUGGCCACGCAUCGCCAUAAGAAGACGAAUACUCGCUUGAGUAGCUUUGCCGUUUCUUGUCUUAUUGACAAGGGCCUCAUACAGCCUCCGGAGCUUGAACUCAUACGCCGCAAGAACUGGUACGUUGAUGAAGGCGCUGAGCAUCCCUUGGUUGGGUUUGCGGCUGCUUUCACCGGCCCCAUGAUGGACGCUGCUACAGCAACUUUCGAUUAUUCUCAUGCUUUGAGAUACCGGCCCAAGCACCCCAAAUGGGAGGGUAGAAGGCACUCAUUCAUAGAUCCAUGGGGUGACAAGAUUGCCAAUGGUUCGCCGUCCCUAUACGAUAAGCAAAAGGCUGCCUGGCACGCCCGAGAGAAAGGUCGAAAUGGUCACCUCUUCUAUCUCACACGGGCGACGGGUCGGUAUGCCGCAGAGCUCACCAAAGUUGGCCUGAAAGUCCCUGUGGACUUCUUUUACAAUAUUGCAAAUGGAUUUCACAACUAUCCGUCCUGUGGCUACGCUGGUGUUGAAGUUCGCCGUCGAGAUCAGAUUAUUGAUCUUGAAACCGGUGUUGUGGCGGCCGGAAAGGAGUUUACGCUUGGUUUAUGGGAGGCGUUUAGCGGAAUCGUUGUUUAUCCCUAUCAAAGUAUCCACGAAGAAGGGGCUAAAGGGAUCGGAAAGGGCUUAUGGCGCGGCUCAAAGGGGUUCUUUUCCAAUCUGGGUGCUUCUGCUUUCGGCCUGCCAGGUUAUACACUCAAAGGGGUGGAAAAAGAACUGCAAAAGCAUCAUAUCACCAAAUACAAAGCCGAGAUCAUUCUGAUCCGGCUACGCCAAGGCAUUGAGGCUUUCCACAAAUCCUCUCAAUGUGAGAGAGAUGAGGUCAUUAAGCGGUGGAAGGCCCGCAGUUGUCCCCAGAAGCAGCAACCUUGA